AUGGAAACAAAGAAGAAGAGGAAAGCUGAGGGAAAGCAUCGACCAAAAGUGGAUAACACUUGUUAUGGUGGAAUUGGGCAAAUGAAGAAUAAACAGGUCAGUGAUCACUCCAAUUGUCCAAAACCUCCAAUUAUGGUCCAUUCCUCCAGUUGUCCAAAGCUUGUGUUACAAGAGCAUAGUGCUCACCUAGACAAGAUGACAAAUGUGAACUGUGCUGCUAUUUUUGCUUUGCGACAUUGGAAUUCUAUAGUUGAAAUAGAUAAGAAACAUAAAGCUUAUGAUGGAUCAGUGAGGAUAUUUUAUGCAAAUAUGUAUGAUGUUGAGAAGGAAGAUUUGAAGUUUAAAUCUUAUAUGACAAAUGUACAUUUUGAAGUGAACCCGGAUUUGAUUUCAAAGAUAUUGAAGGUUCCCUCACCCUUUAUUGUUGACAAUACUGUUACAUACCCAUACAAGAAUCUCAUUGAUAAACCUACCACCUAG